AUGGCCUCCAAUCACAACCCACACGAAAUCAGCAAUGCGGAAAAUGACGCAAAGCUGUUCCCUGAAACAGGCCAAGGAGACCAGGUCCUCCUCGAGUCCAUGGGAUAUUCAGCCGAGCUUUCGCGCACCCGGACUACCCUCCAGGUUGCGUUUAUGGCUUUUGUGCUUGGAUCGAUACCUUUUGGUCUCACCACCAACUUUUAUCAGCCGCUUGUUGGUGGCGGCCCAGCCAACAUUAUAUGGGGUUGGGUUGGCGUCUCGUUCAUUGUUCUUUGCGUUGCUGCUUCUCUUGGAGAAAUCACGAGUGUCUGCCCAACCGCAGGAGGUGUAUACCACCAGACGUUUGUGCUGUCCACAGCUAAAUGGCGUCGCCCUGCCAGCUGGACCUGCGGUUGGCUAUAUGUCGUCGGCAAUAUCACAAUCACCCUUUCUGUAAAUUUCCUCGCCACUCUGUUUAUUAUAUCCUGCCUCAACAUCUUCGAAACCUCACCGGGCGUUGGCAUUUUUCCAAACGAACCAUACCAAGUUUAUCUUAUAUUCCUCGGCAUAACAAUACUUUGCAAUGUUGUCUCUUCAAUGGGAAAUCGCUGGCUACCCAUUCUGGAUAUGGUUGCUAUGCUUUGGACGCUUGUAGGUGUAACCGCUUUCAUCGUCUGCAUCCUUGUUAUCGCCAAGGAUGGCCGCAAUGACGUUGAACACGUCUUCACUGAGUUUAAACCUUUGUCCGGUUGGCCCGCCGGGUGGUCCUUCUGCAUUGGCCUUCUGCAAGCUGCAUAUGGCACGUCGUCCACCGGCAUGAUUAUCUCUAUGUGUGAAGAAGUUCUAGAGCCUUGGAUACAAGUCCCGAAAGCAAUGGUCGCUACAGUGGGGAUUAACUUCUGUGCUGGCCUUUUCAUUCUGAUCCCUCUGGUCUUUGUGCUGCCCGACGCAACAACCCUUACCGGUAAUACUCAGCCUGUGCCAACGAUUGUGAAAGAAGCCACCGGCUCUUCUGGAGGCGCCUUCGCCCUACUCAUCCCGUUGAUGGUGCUCGGCUUGUUGUGCGGGAUUUGCUGCACAACGGCUACUUCGCGUGCUGUGUGGGCCUUCGCACGCGAUGGCGCUAUCCCAGGAUCUUCGCUGUGGAAGCAGGUGAAUAACUCUAAAAUCAACGGUGUGCCCUUUAACGCUAUGAUGAUGAGUAUGACCGUCCAAUUGCUCCUCGGGCUUAUCUACUUCGGCUCCUCUGCUGCCUUCAAUGCUUUUUCGAAUGUCGGUGUUGUCUGCUUGACAGCCUCUUAUGCAGUUCCCAUCGCUGUGAGCCUUGCUGAAGGCCGCACGAAAGUUAAGGCUGGUGAAUUCUACCUUGGCCAACUCGGGAUAUUUUGCAAUGUUAUGGCACUUAGUUGGUCUCUACUUACCAUCCCGCUAUUUUGCAUGCCCGCAACUAUUCCUGUUGACAAGGACUCAAUGAAUUACGCGAGUGUUGUGUUCGUAGCCUCUAUUCUAAUCGCAAUCGGUUGGUACAUUGUAUGGGGUUAUAAGAAUUAUGUCGGCCCGUUGCAUAGUAUUUAA